ACCGCUGUUGUGCUACGACCAUUGCUACUGUUACACAUAUUUGGGUUUCCUUCUCCCGCGUGGGAUGCUCUCUUCCUCUAAUUACACCUACUGCAAUCAACCUCAUCCUACAUCUACGACUUCAAUAGAGAUUGCUUGGGAGAUUAUCCUUUCGGACAUUUCGUAUCAAGCGACGUCACCGCUCAUUAUGCUGACCCGACGCUAACGCGACGUAUUCAUUCCGCCUCGACUCGAUUUUGGGCUGGCUGGGAAUUUGGUCGAAUUGAGAAGACUCCGGAUGUCGACCUCGAAGCGAGUCAUCACACAGCUCGCGCGGCCGCAGCGGUCGUCUGCUGUGACCAACCUACGAGCCCCGUGGCCGCGGAGAAGCUUCGCGCAGCAAGCCGCAGCCAUCAAGACUUUUCCAGUCCACGGUGCACCGCUCCUCGACAGCAACAGUAAAGUCGAAGAGGAAAAUUGGGAUUGGUAUAGUCCCGAUGUCUUCUACCCAGUCAACAUAGGCGAGCUUUUCCCUCCCCGGUAUCAAGUUUUGGGCAAAUUGGGUUUCGGAACGCGCUCGACCGUCUGGUUGUGUCGAGAUCUAAGUGUUGAUAAAUAUGUAACACUCAAAGUCUGCGAGAGAAACAGCAUUGCGGCUGCACGAGAACUAUCCGCUUUCCGCCAAUUGAACUUGUCGCGAGCCACACAUCCGGGGGGUCAGAUGGUCCGCAGGCUUCUCGACACAUUCAAAAUUCGUCGAGUGAGUGGAGAGCAUGUAUGUCUCGUACAUGAGCCCCUCGGACCUAGCAUCGAAAUGCUUCGCAAUACUUUGCCGGAUCGAAGACUACCUAAGAUUUUACUUCAAAAUAUUCUGAAGACUCUGUUGAUGGCGCUGGACUUCCUGCACAAUGAAGCGAAGAUGAUUCAUACAGAUUUACAAGCUGGUAACGUGCAUCUCCGGAUACGGGACACCAGCAUUCUGGAGGAAUUCGAAGAGCAGGAAUUGAACGACCCAAGUCCCAGGAAACCAAUUGGGAAGUCGUUCAUUUUUAAAUCCCGAGACCUGGCUUGGGAUCAAGAUCCAGGUCAUCCUAUCCUUUGCGACUUCGGAGAGGCGCGCUACGGAAAGACGUCUUACACAGAUCCAAUUCAGCCAAGUGCCUAUCGGUCUCCGGAGGUCAUGUUCGGAGUUCCAUGGACAUCGAGCGUGGACAUUUGGAACGUCGGUGUUAUGACAUGGCACAUGUACCAAAAUCGAUUGCUGUUUCCCGCCACUGAUGAAAAUGGCAACUACUCGGAGAAGAUCCAGCUGGCCGCCAUGGCUGCACGGAUUGGACCUCCUCCACUUGAGUUCCUUGUGCGGUCAACCCAACGCCAGAAAUACAACGCUAGCAUCUCCGAAGAGGCAGCCAAAUCCACUGAGACCAGCUUAGAAGAAUCGGAGCAGUUCCUGGAUCCAGCAGAACGAAAAUUGUUCUGUCAGUUUAUCCGCAAAAUGGUUCAAUGGGUUCCCGAAAGACGGAAGACUGCGAAGCAACUCUUGGACGACCCUUGGCUCAACAGCUAGACCGCUGGUUGCGAUGGGUGUGAAUCGGUCUUAUCUCACAAGCGGCGUCCUGGAGCCUACCUUCUUUUACUUUUAUUGGUUUUCGGGGCAACAUACAUUUCAGAUUUGGGUUUUUUCUGUCUUAAUAUCCAAAUGCCGGCGAAUCACAUCGCCCUAUGUUCGAGCUCAAAUGCAGCAUUUUAUUUAGCUCGAUUCGAUAUCAAGUACUGACAAUCUACA